GUGCAAAUACUGUAAACAUCCCUGUCUGCCAGUGAAGCUGAUAUUCAUAUCACCACAUCUCACUCCAAUCCCAGUAUCACGGCCAUGCCCGAUCUAUACCUAUGUAUCCGUCAGCGUAUCACCGCAUCAUCGCUCUCUAAGCUAUGCGCACGAGCAUUAUCCACAUAUAGAUUUUACCACGAGGCAUGUUGCACAGGUAAGCGCAAGACGAAUCGUAUAAAUGGCUCUGAAAGAUACAGCAUUCGGCCAGUAACCCUCAAAAUCGUUGUUCUGCGACCAGCAAAAGUUGAAGGAUACUAACAUGGGUUCGAAUGAUGAUACAUCUGACGACCAGCUCAAUCAAAUACUCCAAACGAUCCAAGCAGCUGUUCACGAGUAUGGCGAAGUGCAUAGUGCUGAAGGUAUGGACGAAAGCGAGCAACAGCCGACUUUGCAUCAACAUUCGAAGCAUAUAUACAACUUGAGCAAUGAAUAUCUCAGCUAUGAUCCCAACCACCUAGGUGUCAGGAAGCUCUAUAAAUGGUUUGGCCAAACGAUUCGUGGCCAAUUCCCGGGUCAUUGCAACAUGGAUCCCGAGCAACACAAACCAUAUGACCGAGUUGCGGUUGGGGAUAAUGAUGACAUGCCCGAUAUGGAUCCGAGUUUGUGUGACGAUAGCGAGGACGAAGGUGAAAGGCAUGGCAAUGAGAUUGAAGAUCAUGAUGGGUGGGAUGGUGGCAAGGACGGACAGGAGCAUGAGAAUUAUGACCACGAUAACUGGAACGACGAUGGUCAACGCGGUCAACACGGUCAGGAUGACCAAAACGGUCAUGACAGCCACGAUGGUCAAGACGUUGAAGAUGACUAUGAUGGAGCAACUGAUUCUGACAACGGAGGUGACCAGCAUCAGGGUCAUCAUGAAGGCUCUCAUUACGGGCAACAUCAUGAUCAGGUGGAAGAUGACUAUUAGAUCCCACGGUCUCGGCACAACAUCGGUGUGACGUCGUAUAUUGCGCAUUCAGGUCGUACAUAACAAAGAGGGCUGACACCGGGAGUCCAUCUCGCUGAUACAGUCGAUACAGGUCCGAAUGAUUUCGAUCUCAGUUGCAAGUAGUGUCGUCAAAAACUUGACCUGGGAAACGAAUAUUGAAGGCGAAGUUUCUCCGACUUGGCAUCAUCACAAACCACUCUAACCUCAACUUUGCAUCCUAGUUGACUCUUCACAAUGCCGUGCAAUUGCACAUCUAUCCUCUCCUCGGGUUUCACAUGGCACUCAAUCUCAAUGACACAGCGUCACUUCCCGCCUCAGUCGUAUACUCCUCGCUUGCUCUGCCAGAGGCCACGAAUAUCCAGGGAUUGACUUUUUAUGGUGCA